UUCAUUGCUAGUCUUCUUUCAGAUAAAGCAAACAGUGAAUCGUUAAUGGGCAAACAGUGUCUACUUCAGAUAUGCAAUAAUUCUUUUUACCUUUUAAUUUUCUGACCCUAUAUCUAAUAUAAUAACAACCUAUCAUGAAAACCUAUUUCUCAAUCAGCUUUAAUGUUAUUCUUAAAACUCAAUAUAAUAAUUUUGCAGUUCUUUCAAACCAACCAACAUUUUCAACUACUUUUUGUACCAUUCAUUGAAAUUUGAAAUUACUCGACGCUUGAGAAACUGCUCUUUCUGUUUUGGGCCAUGCAGGAAAAUAAUGAAAAGAAAAUGGGAAAAGAUGGCUUUUGGGCCAAGUUUAGCUCUCUAAAAUACUGGCAAGGGCUUGACCUAAGGGUUAGGAUUGAGAUGUUGAAUUGGGUUUAAAGUCUUAGCCUUUUAGAUAGAUCCAAUCAAUUUUGGAGCUCCAUUAGACCAGCUUGAUUCAAUAUUCAAGAAAAUCCCAUUAAAAGAUUUAGGACAAAAUUCAAAAAAAGAAAAAAGGAAAAAGAGAAAGAGAGAGAAAUUUGAUAAGAUGGUUUUUCUCUUCUCGGUUCGGUUUGGUUUUGACUAUGGCAGAUUUUAAGAUGUGAGUGAGAGAUUAAUUGAGAAGGUUGAUUGGAUUGUCAAGUGAAAUGGGCAAUUGGAGAAAUCGUCGUAGAUUCUUCUACCAUCAAUAUAGAGAUCCAGCUUCAUCUUACUACAACCAUCAAGAACCCCCUCCUCCUUAUCCUGGAUUUGCUGAAGAUGGUGUGCCUUCAUGGGAGAAGAAGUUCUGUUCUUUGAUUGGAUCAGUACCAUGGCAGAAGAUUGUAAAUGUUAAGAAGUUUAUGUACUGCCAUGAUAUUGUAAUCAACUGGAAUGAUUCUGCUGGUGCAGAUGCAUUUCAAAAUGCGAAAAAACGUUUUUGGGCAGAUAUCAAUCGCCUCCCUUGUCAAAUCUCUCUGCCGGAUCCAGAUAUGUACGUUGAUGACAUAAACUGGCAUCCCGAUAUUGAUCCUGAAUUAGUAAAGGAGUUAGAGCGAGCAUUUUUUGCUCCUGAAGAAGGAGAAAACAAUGACAAUGUAGAGUGUAAAAACAAAAAGGCUAGACACUUUCUCUCUGUUCCUUCAGAAGGUUGGAACAGGAAUCCAGAUGAAGUUAGAAUUCCUUGGGAAUGUGAAGACGAGGGGGGAAGUAAUGUAGCUGUGGAAGAAAAGACACGGGGCUGGAAUCAGUGGCGUAUUAGCACAAAUAGUUCUAGAAAUGUAAAUAAUGGUGAUACCCCAUGGGUCAGUCACUUCACACAAGGAAAUGAAGCUGUGGAGGGCAAAACAUGGGGAAAUUGUGCUGAUAAAUUACAAGGAUGGAGUGGCAGUGUACAUAAUCAGGCGAAGGAUUGGGGCAGCUGCAAUUUAACUAAUGAUGAUAAGCCCUGGGGUCACAGCUAUCUGAAGGGCACAUGGGGAGAGAGUAGUGGUAAAUUAUGGGGAUGGAGCCACAAAGGAAACCAAGUUAAUCAGUCAAAGGAAUGGGAUAGUGGUGGCAAUCCAUGGGAGCACAGCAGUCAGGGUGUUGUCCUUGUGAAGGACAAUGUAUGGGGCAACUCAAAUCAUAUCUCUUGGGGCAAAAAUAAGCAGGUGGGGAAAUUUAGUCAUGGUGAAAACUCUCGGCAGAGCAACCUUGCUCAAGGCAGUCGAGACCAGAAAGAUAGACAGGGGAGAGGUAGUAGGGGGAAUGAGCAUGGUUGGAUACGGUGGCACAAUCCUUAUAGGGAUCUGAAAGACUUAGAAUUAGGACAAAGGAGUGGUGGUCGGCGAACCUGGGAUGAUCGUAUGAGAGAAGGUAGCCAUGAAUAUGUUACUGGUCACAAACAUACAAGAGUUGAAGGGAAUGAUUAUCAUCAAGCAGGUCAUCGCUGGAAUGGUGGUGCAACAAAGAAGAGAGUUAGUUUUGGUUAUGAGUAGCCCCUGUUAAAGAUUAGCCAAUCGUUCUUGGGAAACAGAUCCCUCUUUUUUUUUUUUUUGCAUGGCUCAUCUUCAUGCACUCUAGAGCUCCAAAUGAAGCAAAGCUCAGAUAAAAUUAUAUAUUUCCUUUUUCUGGCUUCUUGUACGAUUCAUACACCUCCCCCAGAACAAAUAAGAAGUAUUCAGAAAGGUUACACGAAGAUUUUGGACUCAUUGUGUUUGUAGUUCUCAAAUAGAAUAUAAUAUUGCCAUUAGAGGUGCAAUUUGUGCGUCCAAAAUAUUAGUACAUGCCCUGGAUUUUUAGUA